CGCUCUGGCCUCCGUUAGCUUGUUGUUAGGUUUGUAAUCUAGGGCUUGGAGCGUUGAGUUUUGGUUGUAAUUUCAGAGAAUUAUAAGAAGAGGAGAAGAGUAGAGUGGUAGUUUUGGAGGGAGCUUUGAGGUAUUUGUGAGCAUAAGAAGUAGAAAUCGAGAGACUUGCUUCGGUAGUGAUCUGAGGAUUUCGCCAUGGUGGGGAAGGAGCUGGUGGUGCAAAGGAAUGGCCCUGUGGACAUCAGUGAGAUUGCCGUGAAGGCCACGCUCCGGGAGGUGCGGCAGAACGGGGGCACCUACGUGGAGCUCCGGCGCGUGGGGAAGCGUGUCAUCUUCUUCUGCACCAUCUGCCUCACAGAGUGCUUCAGCGACAACGUGCUGUUCGACCACGUCAAGGGGAACCUGCACUCACGGCGGUACGCCGAGGCCAAGGUCACGCUGUUCGGGCCCAUGCCGUGGCCAUUCAACGAUGGCGUGCUCUUCUUCAACAACUCACGAGAGAAGGAUCCGCUCUUGCUGGACUCGAGUUCGCAGAACACAGAGUUGGCUCUGGUUCCACAACCUGAGUUGGCAGGGAAUGAUGCCGAGGUGACAUCGAAGUUGAGAGAUGGUUCAAGCUCCUGUAAUGGCGUGAAAGGUACACAUGGUGGUGCCAAAGGCCGUGCUAAUGGUAGAAUUGAUGCUGUCUCUGAAGAUAGUGUGCUGUCAAACAACAGUGGAACUGAUGGUCCUCUUGUUAUUCCUGGUGUAUUGAUAAAUGAUGUGGUUUUGAACUUGCCUGUGCAUCUUUUGGGGUACGGAAAUAUCGCAUACAGGAUCUGUGAAGCUAGCCAGAGUUGCAAGAAGACUUCCAAGAUCCGGUGUGCUUGGGUAGGACAAGAAGGCUCUGACAGGUGUAGCACUUAUGGACAAUCUGGUUUUGCCAUAGUCAACUUCUCUUAUACACAUGAUUUGGGUAGGAAGUUGUCUUCUGAUGAUCAGGACCCUCCUAUCUCUGCUGGAUCUUUCUUUGUAAUUGAUGAUGUUGGGCAUCGUGGAAAGCGGAGGAAGAAGUCAUUUUCUGAUCAAGAGGCAUCUUCAGAAGAGUCUAAUGGUCAGAGCAGCUCUCCACAUGGAGAUAGCCAAGCUAUUGUGACUGGUUCCCCAACAGGUACCUCAAGCAAUAUUCAAGUCGGUCUCUUAUCCAGCAAGUCUAUGAGGAGAGAGUCGAGGAAGCAGAAGCGCAUUGCAGCUGAGAAAGUUUGUGAUAUUUGUGGCCGACCAAUGCUUCCUGGGAAGGAUAUUGCUACCUUGCUGAACUGCAAUACAGGGAACCUAGCUUACUGAACAUCCAUCCUUUGCCCAGAAUGCCAGGGAACAGGAAUCCAUGUUGAGGGAGAUGAACUUGAAAAGCCAACUAUUUCUUUAUCGGAGAUGUUUCGCUUUAAGCUGAAGGCCAUUGAAGCUCACAAAGCUUGGCUGAAGAGUCCCGAGGUGCUCGAGAACUGUUCCACUGGGCUUCAUUCCUCUUCUGAACUUGUGGAGAACUCUGAGGCGGAGCUGGAGGCGGAGUUGUCCGGCGCGCGGGCGGCGGCGGUGCACUUCUGGGCCGACUGGUGCGAGGCGUCCAAGCAGAUGGACGAGGUCUUCGCUCACCUCGCCGUCGACUUCCCCCACGCGGCCUUCCUCCGGGUUGAAGCUGAAGAACAACCUGAAAUAUCAGGGGCAUAUGGAGUGACAGCGGUCCCAUAUUUUGUUUUCUGCAAGGAAGGCAAAACUGUUGAUACUCUGGAGGGUGCAAACCCAGCCAGCCUGGCCAAUAAGGUUGCAAAAAUAGCUGGGCCUGCCAGUGUUGCUGAGUCCGCUGUACCUGCUAGUCUUGGAGUUGCGGCUGGGCCUGCUGUACUUGAAAAGGUCCAAAAGAUGGCGCAACAAAAUGGAUCUUCUGCUGCUGAAAGCACUCACUCCGGUAGCAUGGAGGAUGCAUUGAAUAAGCGGUUGGAGCAGCUUGUCAAUUCUCGUCCUGUGUUUUUAUUUAUGAAGGGAACCCCUGAACAACCAAGGUGCGGUUUCAGCCGUAAAGUGGUUGACAUUUUGAAGCAGGAAGGAGUUGAAUUUGGAAGUUUUGACAUUCUUACAGAUAAUGAUGUACGUGAAGGGAUGAAGAAGUUCUCCAACUGGCCAACUUUCCCUCAGCUCUACUGCAAAAGUGAGCUGCUUGGUGGAUGUGAUAUUGUUGUUGCUAUGCAUGACAGUGGUGAAUUGAAGGAUGUUUUUGAGGAGCACAAUAUUCCCCUCCAACCACAGGGAAGCAAAAACGAAGAGGCAGUGAAACCUGAGUCUGCAACUGAAAAGGGUGGUGCAGUUUCUGAACCAAUCGGGCUUACUGAUGCUCAGAAAGCUCGCCUGGUAAGCCUUAUUAAUUCCAACCCAGUGAUGGUCUUUAUCAAAGGUUCGCCUGAGGAGCCUAAGUGUGGUUUCAGUGGGAAGUUAGUCCACAUUCUUAAGCAAGAGAACAUUCCUUUCUCAAGUUUUGACAUUCUUUCAGAUGAUGAGGUUAGACAGGGUCUAAAGGUUCUCUCAAGCUGGCCUAGUUACCCUCAACUGUACAUAAAAGGUGAACUGGUUGGCGGUUCAGACAUAGUGAUGGAGAUGCACAAGAGUGGUGAGCUGAAGAAGGUUCUGUCUGAGAAAGGGGUUAUCCCAAAAGAAACUCUGGAGGACCGAUUGAAGGCCCUAAUUUCCUCAGUCUCAGUGAUGCUUUUCAUGAAGGGCACCCCAGAUGCUCCUCGUUGCGUGAAUGUGUUGAAGAAGGAAGGGAUCAGCUUUGGGUCCUUUGACAUUUUAUCUGACGAGGAAGUUAGGCAAGGUUUGAAAACAUAUUCGAACUGGCCUACUUUCCCUCAACUGUACUACAAGUCAGAGCUGAUAGGGGGUUGUGAUAUCAUUCUCGAGAUGGAGAAGAGUGGAGAGCUGAAGUCGACCCUAUCAGAGUAGAUGUGUUCUCGUCUUGCUGGCCUUUCUAGCAUCUGGUCAGCAUCGAAUUGCCCUGCGAUGACAUUUAUGCAGAUGUAUUCAUAGAUUCACGUUUGAAACUUAUCUGUCAGUGCCGCAUUACUAGAGUUGUGACAUCUGCAGAAGGAAUAACUUAAAACACUUGUUCAGUACCGAUUGGUUUUAUAUCACCAGUUUAUUUUGUGGUCCUGGCACUGGCUGGAAGUUUUUGAUUCGGGUAUUAUCAAUACUAGUAUAUGAAUGAUUUAAAAUCUGUA